GUCUUAGCAAGAAUCUUGGAGCCGGCCCACGCAGGGCUGUGGGAGGGGGACAGGGAGGCCUUUAAAACCCAGCUGGCCCUGGCUGGGGCUUCUACAGGCCUGAGGAAGGAGCCAGCUCACGGAACCCUGAAGAUGAGACGCCUUCUCAUGCUGGUUUGGCUCCUGGCUUCUGUGCCCACUGUGCCCGGGGGCUUGCUGGAGCUGAAGUUAAUGAUUCAGGAGGUGACGGGCAAGUCUGCUCUGAAGAGCUAUGGCUUCUACGGCUGCUACUGUGGCUUGGGGGGCCAAGGGACCCCCAUGGACCGUACCGAUUGGUGCUGCUGGGAGCAUGACCAGUGCUAUGGACAUCUGCAGGAGGAAGGCUGCAACAUCCGGACGCAGUCCUACCGAUACCGAGUCCAGCGGGGCAAGGUCACCUGUGGGCGUGGGACCUUCUGCCAGAUACGGCUUUGCGCCUGUGACCAGAAGCUAGUCUAUUGCCUGAAGAGAAACCUAUGGAGCUACAACCCUCGUUACCAAUACCACAACAAAUUUUUGUGCAGAUAGUCAGCCUUGCUGGGAUCCCAUAGACCCAGACUCGUGCCACACAUGCUGGGGUAUCUGCCGGGUCUUCCAGAAGGAUUUCCAUUGGGUGCCCCUUCAUUCAGGGUUCCCUGGGGAAGCCUCAGCCUUCGCUUCACCUGAGGAUACCCAAGAUUGAUUCUGGUCAGAAGACUUCUCAUUCCUGUGUGGCCAGAGGUCAGCCAUGGGAGUGCUGAGGGAAACCCCCCCCCCCCCCCCCAAUUCUAGGCAAACUGGGAUCCCUCUCAGACUCUGAGUAUACCUGUAUUCAACUUUCCAGGACACAUUUGCUUUUCACAGCCUGCAGCUGACUUAUCACUAUCACCCUUGAGAGAAUUUUU